AUGAAGAAAAAUGUUUUAAAAAAUGACUAUCCUGCUCGAAACGGGGCGCGAAAACCGGCUCUUUUCAGAUUUACACAUCGCGAACCUAUUUCUGAAAAGAAUUCAACGGUAACGUCAAGGCCUCACCUUGCUUCAAUAAGCCCACAAAGAGCACCACUAUCGGGACUACCAGCUGACGCCUCAUCCCCUGAAGCAUCGGCUGCUGCAUCGAACGUUACCCUCCUAGCGGCUGACAACCCCACCACGAGAGCGAAGUCCUUAGGGCAACCCAAGGGUAGCUAUUCGAUCGAUAAUUCUACACUGCCUUCUGUAGUCUCGUUUAUGUACCAAAAGAAGCAACAACCACUGCGCCUCGUUACACAGGAGCGCUCUGUGCCAGAUUCUACUCCCUUGGUCUCAGUUGAUGCCGUUACAUUAAGUCAAGAUGAGCCGAGAAAUACUAAUAAUUGUGCGGAUUUUAGCCCAUCCACACCUUUACGGGACGAGCGCACACCAGUGGGAAAACGCGGGCGAUUGGCCACGUCUGCUAGCAGCUACACCAGCAGCAUACCAGCACGCUCUAACAAACGCGCUGCAUAUGACAAUCUUUUCAAUGAACUUGACGAGGCGUUUUCAUCAGCAGGAGCCCCUUUAUGCAGUAGGGAAGCAGCCGAUCAAGGCCACGCCAUUGAUUCAUUUCACAAAGAUAGGGAUAGAGCCCCAUGCUUGUCAGACAUUGUCUCCUUGGAGCAAGCUAUAUGCUAUAGUGGUCGCGAUAAGGAAGAGCGAUGCGACAAUGAAAAGAUAUCGGAUAGCUUGCCGUAUGACUCCACAGUUGGCUGCGUUAACAUGGUGCUGACAGAUGACCUAUUGCGAAGCUGGAUUGGUUUGGAGGAUCUAGACCUGGUGCUCAGCACGGAGCUCCGCUUCGAUGCUGAGGUACUCAUGGGUGUCGACCGGCUCGGAGUCAAACUUCCGAAGCUCACUUCGCUCAAGCUCAAUCGCUCAAACAUUCCGCAUCUUCGUCUGCUCGGAGCCAGAUACUCGGUGCUGAGACAUUUGUGGAUCAGCAACUGCCAUGUCAAGGACCUCCGUGGAAUCGGGGCUUGUGCUCCAGGUCUUGUCGAGCUCUAUGCAUCCUUCAACUACAUCGACGAUUUGUCCCCCCUUAUGGAUCUGGCGGAGACGCUUCAGGUGGCGGAUUUCGAAGGAAACGAGAUUGCGUGGAGUGCUACUUUGAGUAGCGUUAUAUGCUCACUUCACAAUGUGAUAUCCUUGAAUUUGCAAGGUAACCCUAUAGAGAACACCCCAGUUGAAGAUUUGAUGCGUAACAUCUCGUUGCACAACGAAGGCGACCGAAAUGAUUUGCCGACAGAAGGAAAGGUCUCGACGGCUGUAGAGACAUCUGACUUCUUUUCGUGUAACAGUAGUGUGAACAUACUCAGAAAGUGGGUCCAAUUCCAUAUGCCGCAGCUUCAGCUCCUAGACGAUAUACCAGUCCAUGCCGAGUCGUUUUGGGAGGACCAGGCGCAACGAAGUGGCCGAAGCCGAGGGGAGGCGUCUCCUCACGGUGAAAUUGUGGUGAGAGCCGCAAGCGAUUCUCCGUUGCCACCAUCAUCACCUGUGGGGGGCGCGGCCAGACGCCAGCCAGACCAAGCUUGCGCGUCGGUUUCGCUAUCUGAAAGGAACUUGAAGCGGAAAAGUCAUGUGUUUAUCGAUCCGUUAGAUGCUGCGCUAACAGAAGAAUUGGCUCUUCUGCAGGACUGCAUACGAAAUACUCGAUUCGACGAUGCGCUAGAUCGGGCAAUGGAGAUGCAGCAUCGAGAAGUAUACACUAGGCCUUCAACCUCCGCGGCCGCGCGGCCACUCCCUGCCCUGUCUGAUCACCAUGACGGAUACAGCAAUAGCCGCAUGACUCCAUUAAGAACUUCAGGGGCACAGCCUCGGCCAGCGGUCACAGCAUAUCCCAAGAAAAUGCCAAGUCGCCGUCUUAACGAAUCUUCAGAAUGUUCUAAAACCGUAAAUGCGAUCUCUUCGCUUACGACGGGUGAUAUUCUCACCGGGAGUGCCAUCGUUUCUCUACGUAAACGUUUAUUAUAUCAGCGUCAUCGGCACCCGGCUUCGUCUUCCGCAUCUCCCGAAACAAGCGUCGAGGGGGAUAGCACUUCCCCCCUCGCUACCGCUCGCGAGACCGAGGGUAGUGAGGGCGCCGUCACUGUGAGGGGUCCUUCUCCGCCCACUGCCCUGGGGUCAAGCUCUGGUGGCGAGGUCUUCGGCAUCGGCUUUGACAAGGAUGAGGACUUUUUCGACUGCGGCGGCAAGGAUGAUGGGGGUAGCGAGUAUGAGUGGGAGCGGCUCAGGUAUAUGGAACUGCAGUGUAAUCAUCGGUGCCGGCCAGCAUCAACGUCAGCGUCUUUUAGGUCUCAUCUGCGGGAGUAUUCGAAUGAUGAUGUUAGAGCUGCCGCAAGUUCGUCCGACUUCACGCGACAAUCUGGGAAGGACCUUAGCAAAUCGCCCGAGGGCGCUUCGAUGCGAGAGCUUCUGAUAAAGGAAGUCGCACGCACACGCGUGCAGAUUGCUCGAGAGGGGGUAAGAAGUAUUUGUGGUGGACCAGGGAUUUUACAAAAUGUUUUCCCCCCGGUGAAGUCCUCGGGUUUAAAUCGAUGCUUGUCUAGUAGUCGUGCUAUGAGUAACGAAGGUGUGAGUUAUCUGAAUCGACCUAUUGAAUCUUUAGCCCGAGAAACAUUUUCGGUGAAUGUGCUAGAUUUAACCACAGAGGAAAGCAAAUGA